AUGGAACCAUCGUACUUCGACCCCUGGAUGCGUAUGGAAGCGGAUGCUUUGUACGAUAUACAAGUACCGCUGCCAUAUGGAUCGAUGACUCACUCGAUGAAUUACUUUGUGCCACCACAAUUGCAGCCACCCAUCACAAUAAAUUCGUCGACCAUCUACAAAUCGUGUACUUCUCCGAACCAGGCCCCGGUAUCGGCUCUCCCAUCGUCGCCGGCGUGGGCGUCUCGCUCUCGCAAAAGACCUACUGGCAAAUCAACACCUCGCAUGCUGCUUACCGACAAAUACCGAAAAAUGAUAUGUUUAUACCAUGAACGGGACAAGGCAGCAAAACAUACUGAAAUUGGAACCUUAUUCGGAUUGGAAAGAAGCACUGUGACAAAGAUAUUGCGCCGGAAGGGGAUAUAUCUCGCCAUCAACAACCGGGGCCAGUCUCCAGAAAACCGAACUAAGCGCCGUAUUCCUGACAUUAAAACGGCGCUUUCGAACUUGGUAAAGGAAUUCCAAACAAGCAAAACUCCAAUAAAUGACGAGAUACUCAUGAAAAAGGCGCUGGCGUUUUCCGACGCCUGCAGUCUUACUGAAGGCAGGGAGGCAUUGGGCAAGGACUGGCUGGAGAAAUUCAAGCGGGAAAACAUGAUGUUAUUUGCUCACAACCAGCCAUGCACAGAGGAUGGCCAAGCCAAACGGAUACACCAGCAAUGCAUCCACGCGAAUAUGAUAAACAGAGGCUUGAACCAUGUUGCGCCAACCAGCGUUCGCGAACCUCCUUCGAGUGAUCAGGCACGUCAUGCUAUGGAGCUCGCAACGGCCUACCUUGACUCGAUCGGGAGAUUGUAUUUUGAGGACCGUGUGAGCAUCGACAGAAUCAUGAAGCGCCUCAGAAACGACCACGAGAAUGCUCUGCGUGAGGAACAACUGGUAUUCCACCCCUCUGAUGAGCCUCUUUUCAUUCUUCAUGUUGCGCUUCCUACCAAUUUGUUUGAGCGUAUCAUUUUCCUGUGGGGUGACAUCGAAAUCGGUUGGCGUUUCAGGGGUCUGCUGGUCGAGAGAAUGGGUGUUUGCUUUGGAAUUGCCAUGAGCUCAUUCUCGCCUCUUGGUAUCUCGCCUCUUGGGCGAUACGUCAGAGCACCAUAUUCGCAGGUAGGACACCUUUGGGAAAGUGGAUAA